GUGAUUGAUUGACAGUGAUUGACAUUAAUUGGCUCGAAGCAGGGCAGGAGGAUGAGCUGCCGAUAUUUCAGGUUUAUCGUUUUGCAUCUCAAUUAUUUCCGUUGCACACAGCACAGAUUAUUGGCGUCAUGGUAGGUAACUAGGUACUCCCAUGUCACCUACUUGUACCAGCUUAGUGGACCAGCAGCCUCACGGUACCUCCUCGUGACACGCUAGUACAUCCAUCCAUGGUCUAUGGUCCAUUGCUCCACUCGCCCUACGCAAUAGCAACAGCAACUUUGCAACAAAUCAACUCCAUUUAGCAUUCAUCAUUCAUAGGAUAUGAUAUGGUGGCUAGCAAAGGAUGGACAGGGCGAAGUAUUUUCGAAUUAUUGGCGGGAAUCUAGCGCAGCCUCGCCUCUAUUAUGUCUGUCUAACGGGGCCAAGUCGAGUUCUGGUCCGCAGCCACUCACUCAGCGCGCAUUGGUUAUGCUUGAAGCUUCCCGGCAUUCGUCCACCCAGCGCCACUCACUUGCAGCGAUUCGGCCCUGUCCAGUGUCCACUACUAACUUACUACCGUCACUACUGUCCAUGCGCUCGCUGGCUCUGGUCUUGGUCCUUGCGCAUCAUCCCAUCGUCGUCGUCCCUUUUUCCCCGAACCAGCUCUCCCCGACACCCAAAUCUACCACAAUUCUUCCAACUUCUCCCCAGGCAACCGCUGCCGCUUGACAAUUCACCUCCCGCUGCUGACGCAGCCUUUGGUUCUGUGCUUUUUCCCUGUGCCUCAUUGAGUCAUUCUUGUUGUUGGGCUGCCGUCGUCGCUGCUGCCUUGAUGCUCGCGGACGCCAGACAGACAUACAUAUAAAGAGAAUAGCUCUUGGCUCUUUAGAUGCCGGGCCUUCCAAUAAAAGAGCAAUCUACAAAAAUCCCCGACCUAUUAUCCCCCUCGACCUCCGGUAUAACGCAGAAAUCCAGCUCUGACACAGAUUCCCGCGAUCCCAGCAUCACCCCCGUCUUCACUCCCGCCUCCCCUUCCCCUUCAGGCUCUCCCCGACAGGCAGAUAACAUCCAAGACGAGAUAUUAUUGUCCACAAUGGCCGAUCAGGUAGCUACUUCGUCCGGUAAAGCCGAUGCUACGGAGACGAAACAAGAAGUGGAAAGUUCCCCAGUGGCAACCUCCACAACGACAGAGCUAAAGUCGUCUCCGCCAGCUCCAGACUCUGCUCCGAAGAAAACGUCCUGCAAAAAGCAUACCAACGUAAAGUCCAAGGCUCAGAAGAAGCAAAAGGACAAGAAGAAAUCGAAGAAGGGGAUGGAUUCGUCGAGCAGUGAGAGUGACAGUUCAUCUUCAUCAAGCUCUAGUUCCUCGUCUUCGGACUCUUCAGACUCAGACUCGGAAUCGCCUAACUUGGAUUCUCACAAAAAGAAGAAGAAACGCGCCAAGGAGAAGGAGAGGAAGAAAGCUAAGGCCCGCAAGCAAGUGGCCUCUACGAGUGAGGACGAGUCGGAAAGCGAAGAGGAGGAAUCGGAAAUAGAGGACAAGCCUACCAAGAAGCAGAAAAGGGCCAGAGCCAAAAAGAAGGCCAGGAAAGCCCGAAAAUCUCAGGAUGAUGAAACCGAUGAUGAAAGUGAUGUUGAGGCUUUGGAAGAGCAGCUCCGAGCUACGCAGCAAAAGCUAGCGGCCCUCCGUUUGAAGCAGACUUCACAACGUAAUCAACUCCAGAAUAAGUCCAAAAAGCGAAAGCGUGCGUCGAAGGUUGCUUUCAAGCGUGUGGACGAACUUUGGGAUGACACCAUACAUAAUUACAAGCUAACGGAAACUGUGGACGAUCCUGACGCAAACGAGUGGGACCAGUAUAUUUUUACUGUCCGUCGCAAAUUUGACUGGGAGAAUAAAUACACGGAAACUGUAGUAGAUAUCAAGAGCAAACCUCUGCGUGAGGCCCUGGCCCACGUCAUGGACGGUGUAAAGGGUGUUUCGUUAGUGCAGGAGACCCCUGUUGUUGACCCUAAUAUGCUGUUUUUGUACCUGGAAGAGUCUCGGGAGUACAUCAAGGAGUUGAAGGCUCUCGCGAAAUCGGAGAAGAAGAAGAGAGCCAAGCGGCUAGCUGCGACAAAAUGCGCUCACUUGAAGGUCUUGGUGAAAUAUCUUGACAACGACUACGCCGAAACGAAAAAAACACUGUAUCCCCUCCUCGAGUCGAACAUGAUUACCUUUGAUCUUCUAUGGGCCCUUUUCAAGCCGAACACCGUUGCCUACACUCCGACUUAUUCCAAUCCCGAUGAGCCUCGUGCUUUCAAAAUCGAAUACGCUUCCAAGGAAAGCUCUUUCAUGAAGGGACAGUGGUAUGAUAUUGAAGGCCGCUAUCUCGAGUACGAUGGAAAGUCAUUCGGCAUGGGCACCAUGUCUGUUGAGGUUGAGUCAUUCAAGGGGUCCCGCAAGAUUUCGACCCUUGCUUGCUAUCCAUUGAAAUACCAUCGAGACCCAGAAGGUUUGAAAGCGAAGCUCGUGGAACGUGGCAAAAAAUUCGUGACACUCCAGGGUGUGAAUUACCGUUUCCACAAGGGUAUGGCUUUCUACAAGAAGAGGAGAUCGAUAAUCAAGGUUAAUAUCAACGGGCGGGUCAUGGUUGAUCCAGCUAUUCACCGUCGAAUUAAUCCAAACUAUCCUAUCAGCACCGUGAAACCAAAAGACCCGGACUUGAUCGACGAAUCUGACUGUGAAAGCGGAUCGGAUGAUUGUUGCUGUUGUGCCGGGUCUAGAUCGGAAUCAGAUCACGAAUCUAAGGACGAUAGGCCCAAAUUGAGACUCAAAUUGGUCGAAGAUGCAUGCGGGAACCCAUGUAUCGUCGAGGUUGAGUGUGAUGAGGACGGCGAUGAAAUUGUCAAAGAAGACCUUGACAAGAUUGCCGGUAAGGACCAGGCAGGUGGGAAAUUUGAAUUUUCCGACGAGGAACUCUUGAUCGCAAGCCCUGUCGUUCUCGGGUUUGCUUUCAGCGAGAAACUCUGGUUGGAAUUCACUGUUUCUGGCAUCAAAGACAUCGAGUGGAAUUCGGGCGCUUUCGACUCCCUGGUCCUCCCCGACAAUCAGAAAUCGAUUGUCAAAGCGCUCGUGGAAUCCCACACCUUCCACGCCGCUGAAAAUAUCGACGAUGUGAUUCAGGGUAAGGGCAAGGGCCUUGUAGCAGUUCUCCACGGCCCACCGGGUACAGGUAAAACUCUCACAGCAGAAGGCAUCGCAGAACUCCUUAUGCGCCCGCUCUACAUGGUUAGCGCCGGCGAACUGGGCACGGAUUCACGAACUCUGGAAGGGGAGCUGAACAAGAUUCUGGACAUCGCACAUUCAUGGGGUGCCGUACUACUCCUCGACGAGGCGGACGUAUUCCUUGAAAAGCGCACCAUCCACGACAUCCACCGCAACGCGCUCGUCAGCAUCUUCCUGCGCCUCCUCGAAUACUUCCAGGGGAUCUUAUUCCUGACCACUAAUCGUGUCGAGACCUUUGAUGAUGCGUUCCAGUCACGGAUUCACGUUGCGCUCCGAUAUGGCGACCUGACGCUCAAGGCCAAGCGGACUGUAUGGAAGAUGUUCCUCGAUAGAGUUAGGGUUAAGGAUGGGGUGACAGUUGUCCCGUUCACGGAGGCGGAUUAUGACUCUCUCGCUAGACAUAACUUGAAUGGUAGACAGAUCAAAAAUUCCGUCCGCACAGCUCAGGCGCUCGCCCUGAACGAAAAUACCCCUCUCUCCAUGGAACAUAUCUCCCGCGUCCUUGAUGUAGCAGAAACGUUCGACCAGGACCUUAAAGGCGGAACGGGCUACAUCGAUGCCAUGCGAAGCUAUACAUAAAAUACCAAUCAGCUUUCUUCUCGCGCAUUCCUUGUCAAUACCCGGCUUUUUCGCUCUAAUCUCUCCGUUUGCUUCUCCGAAUGAAAUCAUUGGUAAUAUUUUGUCUAUUUCCGUAUUUCCGUCUGCUACAUCAGGUUUGUAACAACUAAUUUUUGGCAUAUUUUCUUGCUUUCGUAUCUUCUUUUUGCCUGAAGUUUAAAUUUUUUUAUUUCGAAACAUUUCAUGACUUCUUAAAAUUUUGUGGCGAAUGUGAAGAUGGAUAAAGUGUCCCUUUUUUUUUUUUUUUUUUUUUCACCCCAGUUUUUAAUUUAUGGUUUCGAUCUUGGAAACAUCUUGCUUUUUAACACUUCGUUUUUAAUCCGAUCUUGGCCCCCUUUCUCCCUACUCACUCUCCGUCUGACCAUACCAUACCAUACCCUAUAUCAUGAUUAUGAUAUGAUAAUGACCCCUUAGUUGCCCUGUCUACGUUUCCCGCUCCCCCGAUGUUGAUUCAUAGAUCGCGUAGCUGCCCCGUCUUGCUUCUGUUCCCAAAACUUGUUGUUUAUUCCCUCGCCUCUUCCUCCAAGCCCUCUUCGGCUCCAUCAAACACUCCGCUCCGCUCCGCUUCCCAGUAACAAAAGACAAAAACACCAAGGAAGAUAAACGAGACAAAGAAAAGACAACAAGAGCGAAAUAGAACCCAUUUACUUUUUUUUCCUCCUAAUAUCGUCUGGGAAAUGUCACCCGUAAUAAAAACGUAUAUUUAAAUAUCUUUGCCAUUAUCUGUUUCUACAAUAUCUACUUUGAUAUCUCCUAUGACGAUUUGAAUAUAACACAUAUAUGUCUUCGUUUUUCCCAUCCCAUCCAUCCAUCCAUCCCUUCCUCACCCCUAUUUUUAGUUCUAAUUUUCACGGCCACUGGGUCUCUCUUAUCUAAUUUUGAACAAUGGCUCUUUUUUUCUGGAUUUUUUUCUUUCUUUCCCAUUUUUGCCCCCUUUCUUCCAACUACAACACCAUCCAAUUAAUUACAACACAUAUCCAUCUACCCAUGAUCUUCGAUAUUAAGCGAAGCACCUACAGCAGCAAGUAGAAAAGAAGACAGGACAAAGAGGGCCCGCAUUAUUUUCAUAGGAAUAUGAAUACAUAUAUAUACAGAGAAAUAUAUUUUCAGACGAUGCGUAAACGUCACACACACGCACACACACACAAAACCUGCCACAUCCACCCUAAGGAACGGAACAUAUUCUCACUCGCUGAAGAAGUUCUAAUCGCUAAAACACACCAGAUCUAAGGAAAUAGAAAAGAACUGAGAAAGGAAUGUUUUCCAUUUAAAUGGCCAGUAAAAAAUAAAAAAGAAAGAAA